AUGCUCAAACAUCUGUUGUGGCCCAUAGACUACGUCAUUGACACUGGUUACGCGAUACCCCUAUUUCUUUUCAAUACAUUCUUCACACGCUUCCUUCUUCCUCCUUACCAACAUCCAGGUCCCAUUUACCACCUAUCUGGGUUUACACACCAUUUACUCUACUUUUACAAGUCCUACUACGUCAGUAUGGGUCCGAAUGAUACGCGUAAACGCGUCGCUGAGGACGACCACGACACGGAGCUGAGCAAGACACGUCGCAAAACGGGAGAUACCCCGGAAGCCUCUGCCAUCCCUACGCCUGCCAGAGCCCAUCGAGACUGCGUGAAAGACCUGGAUUUCUUUCGCCCUGACGGUGACUGUGUCAUUGCUAUCGACAACACACUUUUCAAGAUACACCGAUAUCUGCUCACACGCGACUCAUCUGUAUUUGCCGACACUUUCGCGCUUCCGACAGACGCAUCUCUGGGGGAACCUGACUCUAUGUCGGAGGAGAAUCCGCUCGUGCUAACGGACAACAUCGACGAUUUUCGAGCGCUUUGCUGGGCGUUGUACGCGUUGCCGACGGAAUUCCAGGAGUACCAAUGCAAGACUGAGCGUAUCGUCGAUCUGAGCCGAAUUAUAUCCCUUCUCGCCACAGCGAACAAGUACCAGUUCGCCUCAUACGAAAAGUGGGCGCUCGACAUCCUCAUCAAGCACACAGACUUACCACUGCGCAAAAAAGCAUUGCACGAUCUCACCGUCGCAGUCCUGGAGAGGCUUCUACGCCUGAGUGUCGUCUGCGAGUCAUCAAUACUGCGGCAUAACGUUGAGGACUUGUGGACUCGCACUCUGCACGAGGCGAAGCCAGAGGACAGCUCUGCAAGGAUCGCUCUGGACGUAGGAGAACAACUGAACCUGCGGGAAUUCCAAGGCAAGGUCUACUACCAACUCGCCGCGGAGAUGGAGCGUCAGCGCCGUCUCUCAGGGCUGCCUAUUUGCACCCCCCUGGAACAUAACCUCUCCCCAGAGCAGAACGCACGCCUCUUCCGCGGUGUGUGGUCGGUUGGCCAGUUUGUCAAUGUGGUCAUACGGGAUUUGAUCAAUCCUGCUUCACCUCCAAUGGAAGAUAUCGACUGCUAUGAAGAACAUCAUAAGACGAUAUGUCGUCCCCAGUGGCAACCCUUUAUGGCGAAGGCCCUUCGCAAGCUGACUUCGCUGGACCCCCUGAAAGCGCUGGAGACCAUGGUUAUCGCAACAAGUUCGUCGCACUUCUGUUGUCAUAGCUUUUUUUAUGAUCGCGAGGAGCAAUUGCGAGACGCUUUGGAGGACUAUUUCCUUGGGCGCAAAUGA